UAUUUGUUAAAACGACUCUAGAAGAAAUAAUUACAGCAGCGCUUCCUGUUUGCAUCAUGAAACUGCAUGUUUGCAUCCUUAUUGUAAGUUCUAUUCCCGCUGAGACGCGUAAAGAAUAUUUUAGAAACCAGUUAGGAGACGCCGUCUUAAUGGUCGAAAAGGUAGGAAGGCAACGAAAAUCAACCAUACUGACCCACAUACUGGUUUUUCCACAGAUUGCCACCGUAGGCGUUUGCUUGGUCUAUUCCAAAACCCAAAAAAGUGCUGUAAUAGAUAGCAUCACGGACAUGAAGGAACUAAAGAAGCUAUUUCGCACCAAAACAAACGUCUUGAUUUUGUUCAUGUCUGGCGUAAAAGAAAAUACGGCACUACUUUCUUCAUUCCGAGAAGCAGCCGAAAGUGUGAAGGGGCAAGGCACGUUCAUAUUGUUCGAUUGCAAUAAUUCAGAGGUGAAAAAGAUCUGUAAGAAACUGAAGGUCCAACCGGUCCCCUUUGUGAUUAAGCACUUUAAGGAUGGCGACUAUCACAAGGAUUACGACAGGCAGCUUACAGCGACCAGCAUGGUCAAUUUUAUGCGUGAUCCAGCUGGCGACUUGCCAUGGGAAGAAGAUCCAAUCGGAGCAGACGUCGUUCAUGUGCCAGAUGCGGUGGCAUUGGGCAAAUUUCUGAAAAAAGAAGUCAAACCAGUUCUCCUCAUGUUCUAUGCGCCUUGGUGUGGAUUCUGUAAAACGUUAAAACCAGAGUUUUCCGGAGCCGCAACUGAUUUAAAAGGACGAUACGUUCUCGCCGCGAUCGACGUGAAUCGUCCCGAAAAUUCAAUCAUCCGCAAGCUGUACAACAUAACGGGCUUCCCAACCUUGUUGUACUAUGAAUACGGACGCAUGAAAUAUACCUUCGAAGGAGAAAAUAAUCGCCAAAGUAUUGUAGCGUUCAUGAAAAAUCCUACCGCUCCACCGACAGUCAAGCCGAAGGAAUCAGAUUGGGCAUCGGAAAGCAACUCGGAAAUAGUUCACCUCACAACUAGCAAUUUUGGACCAGUUCUCAAAGACGAACAUUCGGCGUUAGUAAUGUUUUACGCACCGUGGUGUGGACACUGUAAAAAAAUGAAGCCGGAGUACGAAAAAGCGGCUGAAAUUUUGAAGACCAAAGCCAUACCUGGUGUACUGGCGGCCCUUGAUGCAACUAUUGAAUCUUCCAUCGGGCAACAGUUUGGUGUUAAAGGAUACCCGACAGUAAAAUACUUUAGCAAUGGAGAGUUCAAGUUCGACGUAAACGUACGGGAAGCAAAUAAAAUUGUGGAAUUCAUGCAGAACCCUAUUCAACCUCCUCUACCUCCGGCCCCAGAAUCUUCGUGGGAAGAUGAGCCCUCGGAAGUUGUCCAUCUGAAUGAUGAGACGUUCAAAGCUUUUCUGAAAAAGAAAAAACGCGUUCUGGUCAUAUUUUAUGCUCCUUGGUGCGGACAUUGUAAGCGAACGAAACCUGAAUUUAACCGUGCGGCGGAACACUUCAAGGAAGACCCCAGAACUGAACUAGCAGCGGUCGAUUGUACGCGUUACAGCGCAGUCUGCUCUUCGUUCGAAGUUCGCGGCUAUCCGACCAUCAAGUACUUCAACUAUCUCAAAACCAUCCGAGAGUAUAACGGCGGUCGUACGGCGACUGAUUUUAUAAAAUACCUCAACGAUCCAGAUGCGGUGCUUACGAAGAAUGAUGAAGUAGUGGAGCCGUUCGGCCAAUUUCCCGGAGUCGAUAACAUACUGUUCCUCACGGAUGACAAUGUUGAGGAAGUUAUCAAACGAGAACCAAGCCUCUUUGUGAUGUUCUAUGUUCCCUGGUGUGGUCAUUGCAAGCACAUAAAACCGGACUUUGCGAAGAUUGCCAAGCUGUUAGUAGAUGAAAAUGUACCGGCCAAGGUUGCUGCUCUCGACUGCACCGUCCAUACAAAGGCAGCCGAACGUUUUCAAAUCCGUGGUUAUCCUACGUUCAAGUACUUUGCAAAAGGACAAUUCCUACAAGAUUACGAUGGCAAGCGCACAACAGAAGAAAUAAUGAAAUUCCUUUACUCCGUUAACUCAGUUGUAAAGGAUGAAUUGUAAAUGAUAAAAUCGCCAACAUUACGGCAACGUACGGAUAUGAAAUUUCAUCAUCAUUUAAGUCAUCAAGGAACCAUUUCCUGAUUGAACCAUAAUCACUCAAUCGAGUGUUUGGAUUUAAGUGUCGAUAAAAGUCGACCAAAACAACUCAACUCUAACACCUCCUAUCGUCAU